AUGAACACACCCAAUAACAACAGCACUAAUGGCAACCGCAUCAUUCCUUUAACUUGUUCUGGACAUACACGUCCUGUUGUCGACAUUCAAUUUUCAUCCAUCACGCCACAAGGAAAAUACUACUUGAUAUCGGCUUGCAAAGAUGGCAAUCCUAUGUUGCGUGAAGGCGUUACAGGCGACUGGAUAGGCACAUUUCAAGGGCAUAAAGGAGCUGUUUGGAGCGCAAGACUUUCUCGAGAUGCUGAAAAGGCAGUGACUGGAUCAGCCGACUUUAGUGCCAAAGUGUGGAAUACGCACAAUGGUCAAGAACUGCAUUCAUUUGUUCACAAUCACAUUGUCCGUGCUGCUGAUUUCAACGAGGACAGUACCAAGAUCUUGACGGGUGGCAAGGAGCAGAAGCUGAGAAUCUUUGACCUGUAUCGACCCGAAGCACCGCCCAUGGAGUUGCAAGGCCAUGAAGGUAUGAUUAAGGCAGUUGUAUGGGACGAAGCACAUCGCCAUUCCGUAUUGAGCGCUGGCGAUGAUGCUACUGUCCGUAUCUGGGAUCUGCGUACCAUGCGUCAGAGCGGCACUAUCCAAUGCGAGGCACCCAUCUCUACCAUGACAUUUGACGGCAGUGGUGAGUAUAUUGCGUGGGCUGCUGGAAAGACUGCCAACUUCUGGAAGCCUGGAUCUAGCUUUGAGGAUGUCAAGACCAUUGUCACCAAGGAGAAAACGUCCUCUGUCUCUUUGCAUCCUGGCCAUAAGAAGUUUGUUGCUGGAAGUGAUGAGGAUCUGUGGGUUCGUAUUUACGACUUUGAGUCUGGUGAAGUCUCAGAGGUCUACAAGGGCCAUCAUGGACCCAUUCAUACAGUAAGCUACAGCCCUGAUGGUGAAAUUUAUGCAACUGGAUCAGAAGAUGGCACCAUUCGUUUAUGGCAGACAGACCCAACAAAAUCCUAUGGAUUGUGGCAAAAAUAG